AUGGAGAACAUUUUGGUCUCAUGUCAAAACACCCUCAACUAUUUAGAUGACGUUAUCAUUUUUGGACAAACAGAAGAAGAACACAACAAAGAACUUGAACAUGUCCUUAAUAUUUUUAAGGAUAAGAAUGUUACUCUAAACAAAGGAAAGUGCAUUUUUAAAGAUCGCACUCGUUUAGUGGCUGUUGCAAGUCCAGUUGCUCUUGGAGCAGUACUGCUCCAAUUUCAAGAGGACAUUCCUCAAGUUAUUUCAUUUGCUAGCAAGAGUCUUUCACCCGUUGAAAGACGAUAUUCACAAACAGAAAAAGAAAGUCUGGCAUUAGUUUGGGCGGCAGAACGUUUCUACUAUUAUCUGGCAGGAAUUGAAUUUGAGUUAGUGACGGAUCACAAGCCAUUGGAAGCCAUAUUCAAACCAACAUCCAAACCACCAGCUCGAAUUGAACGAUGGGUUUUAAGACUUCAGUCAUUUAAAUUUAAGGUUGUGUAUCAACCAGGAAAAUAUAACAUAGCUGAUUCACUUUCACGACUUUGCAAGAUUAGAGUUGAAAACUCAUUCGAUAGUCUCUGUGAACACAAUAUCUAUGCUAUAAUAGAAUCAACGAUACCACAAGCACUAACGAUAACUGAUAUCGUAAACAAUAACUCUUCAGAUGAAGAACUAAUGGAAGCUGUAGAAAACACAAAGAAAGACGAGUGGAACAUGUGCGUUAAGAAUAAAUAUUUUCCAUUUAGGUGGGAAUUAUCUGUUUUGGGAAAUAUUCUUUUGGUUUUAACUCUUGCUCAUGAAGGUCAUCCAGGAGAGACAGUUAUGAAACGAAGACUUAGAGUCAAAGUUUGGUGGCAAUCAAUGGACAAAGACGUAACAAAUUGGGUGAAAAGCUGUCGUGAAUGCUUAUUAGUGUCCCGUCCAACACCACCUGUUCCUAUGAUACGACAUGCAUUUCCAAAUGGUCCGUGGCAGUGUUUAGCGAUGGAUUUGUUGGGUCCAUUACCAAAUCAUGACUUCGUUUUUGUUGUUAUAGACUAUUUUUCAAGAUAUCAAGAAAUACGAUUUAUAAGAAAAAUAACUUCAUCCAAAAUUAUUUCAAUUCUGGAAGAAAUUUUUAGUCGAUUAGGAUAUCCAAAAUCAAUAAAAGCUGAUAACGGACGACAAUUUGUUAGCGAAGAAAUCAAACUUUUCUGCAAAAACAACAAUAUAAAUCUUAUCACAUCGCCUCCAUAUUGGCCACAGGCAAAUGGUGAGGUUGAAAACAUGAAUCGAUCGAUAUUGAAAAGACUACAAAUUGCGAAUGGAAAUGGAACUGAUUACAAGAAAGAAAUUCAGAAGUUUAUUCUUAUGUAUAAUGUUACACCACAUGGUACUACUGGAAAAGCACCAUCUGAGCUUCUUUAUAGUAGACUGAUUAGAGACAAGAUUCCUUCUGUUCAGAAUACAGACGCAGAAUCCGUUGACUCGGAAGUACGAGAUUUUGACUUAGUCAAUAAAGAGAAGGGAAAGCAGGUAGCAGAUAAGAAACGGGGUGCAAAAAUCAGUUAA